CUCUCUGUGUGUGUCUCUCUGUCUCUCUCAUUCACCUUUGCCCGCCGGGCCAUGCAGUCCCGGGUGGUAUGUCUCGGCGGUGCUGGCGGUGCCGGUGGGGGGGCCGGUGCAGCUCGGAGGGUCCGGCUUCUCCUGCAACAAGUGGCAGCGCGUCCCCGACCGGCUGCUGGUGCAGGAGGCGGCCAGCCACUGCGAUGUCAUGUCCGAGAGUUGCAUGGUGCUGGGACAGCCGAAGGUGGUACUGUUACCAUUGGAGAUGUGUCAUACAAACUCAAAACUCCAAGAAAUCCAGAACUUGUCCCAGUGAAUUACAUUUCAGACUCUCUGGCUCAAUCUGUAGUUCAGCAUCUAAGAUGGAUCAUGCAAAAGGACCUUUUGGGUCAGGAUGUGUUUCUUAUAGGCCCCCCUGGGCCUCUUCGGCGGUCUAUUGCCAUGCAGUACUUGGAGUUGACCAAGCGGGAGGUUGAGUACAUUGCACUGUGCAGAGAUACAACAGAAACUGAUCUCAAACAACGUAGAGAGAUCCGAUCAGGCACUGCCUAUUACAUUGAUCAAUGUGCAGUACGGGCAGCUACGGAAGGCAGAAUCCUGAUUUUGGAAGGCUUGGAGAAAGCUGAGCGGAAUGUUUUGCCGGUAUUGAACAAUUUGUUAGAGAACAGGGAAAUGCAACUAGAAGAUGGCCGUUUCCUCAUGUCAGCAGAACGUUACGACAAAUUGCUGAAGGAACAUGAUAAAGCAGAGUUGGAUGCAUGGAAGAUUGUCAGAGUCAGUGAAAACUUCAGAGUAAUUGCACUGGGCCUUCCUGUCCCCCGAUAUUUUGGUAAUCCACUAGAUCCACCACUUCGGUCUAGAUUUCAGGCUCGAGAUAUUUAUUAUCUACCAUUUAAGGACCACCUUUCUCUGUUAUGUUUGACUGGACCUACUGUUUCAACAGACAGAAUUGCACAGCUUUUGUCCUUUGCAACAACCCUCUGCACCCAAGAGUCCUCUGCGUUGGGUCUUCCGGAUUUUCCUUUAGACAGUUUGUCAUCUGUUGUGCAGAUCUUGAACACAUUCCCUAUGAUAUCAGUUCACCAUGUAAUCAAAUGGCUUUAUCCAUAUGAUGUCCUGUUGGGGAAAGAAGGCAAGACAGCUGUAGAAGAUGCCAUAAAAAGAUUUAGCCUCCAGGAUUCAGGAAAACCUUCUAUACCUACAAAAAUAAUACAUGUGAAAAAGGAGGAUGACAGCAUCUUGCAGGCUGAUGUGACAGUUCAAAUUGCUGAUAAAGCUGUGACAUUUCAGGUUCCUACUGGUACUAAACCACUUAACUUGCAUUCUGGAAAAGAAGGUUUCAUAAAGACACCCAGUCAUGAACAACUUUUGGCAGAAAUGAUGCAGUCCCAUAUGAUUAAAGAUAUCUGUUUGAUUGGAGAAAAAGGCUGUGGAAAAACAGUUGUUGCUAAGGAGUUUGCAUCUACAUUUGGAUAUAACGUAGAACCUCUCAUGCUGUAUCAGGACAUGACAGCUCGAGACCUGCUGCAGCAAAGGUACACUCUCCCUAAUGGGGACACUUCCUGGAGACCAUCUCCGCUUAUAACAGCUGCCCUUGAGGGGAAGCUUGUUAUUCUUGAUGGCAUUCACCGCAUCAAUCCUGGCACCCUGACUGUCCUCCAAAGGUUAAUUCAAGAUAGAGACAUUACCCUUUAUGAUGGCACCAGAUUGCUCAGGAAAGAUAGGUAUCAGAAGUUAAAAGAAGAGCUGCAACUCUCAGAUGAGAAACUACAGGAAAGGUCCAUUUUCCCAAUCCAUCCUUCCUUCAGAAUAAUUGCUUUAGCAGAACCUCCUGUUAUAGGAGGUACCACUCAGCAGUGGUUGGGCCCAGAACUUUUAACAUUGUUCCUUUUCCAUUACAUGAAGCCUCUCAGCAAGAGCGAAGAAAUUAAAGUUAUUAAAGAGAUGGUUCCAAAUGUGCCUAGUGCUGCAGUGGAGCAGCUUUUGAAAUUAACACACAAACUUCGGGAGACAAAUGAUCCUACUGCACAGUCACUGGCAUCAUCUUUGUCUACCCGGCAACUUUUGAGAAUUUGCAGCCGAUUGUCCCAUUAUCCAAACGAAAGUCUCUAUCAUACUAUCAAUAAAGCUUGUCUUUCCAGGUUUUUACCAAAUCUGGCAAAAUCUGCUUUACAUAAAAAUCUGUUGGACUGUGGGAUUGAAACAAACCUCACCAAUACUGAGCAAAUGGAAGGGAAAGACUAUAGCUGUGAAAUUAACUCAGGAAUCCUGCGAAUUGGAGCAGUCACUAUCCCAGUUCAUAACCCAUAUGAGAAAAUGAAAGUGCCUGAUGUUCUCUUCUAUGAAAAUACCCAACAUAUGAUGGUGAUGGAAGAUAUGCUAAAAGACUUCUUGCUUGGAGAGCACCUUCUCCUCGUCGGCAACCAGGGUGUGGGGAAAAACAAAGUGGUUGACAGAUUUCUUCACCUGUUAAAUAGACCAAGAGAAUACUUGCAAUUGCAUAGAGACACCACAGUACAAAGUCUUACACUUCAGCCUUCUGUUAAAGACGGUCUUAUUAUAUAUGAAGAUUCUCCACUCGUGAAAGCUGUCAAAAAAGGGCAUAUUCUAGUUAUUGAUGAGGCAGACAAGGCACCAACAAAUGUUACUUGCAUUUUAAAAACAUUAGUAGAAAGUGGGGAAAUGAUUCUAUCAGAUGGAAGGCGCCUUGUUGCUGAUUCUGGUAGUGUGAAUGGGAGAGAAAAUGUUAUUGUAAUUCAUCCAGAUUUUCGGAUGAUUGUUCUAGCAAAUAGACCCGGAUUUCCUUUCUUGGGCAAUGACUUCUUUGGAACUCUAGGAGAUAUUUUUAGCUGCCAUGCAGUUGAUAAUCCUAAACCAAAUUCAGAACUUGAAAUGCUUCGCCAAUAUGGGCCUGAGGUUCCUGAGCCAGUUCUGCAGAAACUUGUGGCUGUUUUUGGGGAGCUGAGAAGCUUAGCUGACCAAGGAAUUAUCAAUUAUCCUUAUUCAACUAGAGAAGUAGUGAAUAUAGUCAAGCAUUUGCAGAAAUUUCCAACAGAAGGACUGGCAAAUGUUGUUCGGAAUGUCUUUGAUUUUGACUCCUACAACAAUGAAAUGCGUGAGAUUUUACUUAGGACUUUGCAUAAACAUGGAAUACCAAUUGGAGCAAAACCCACCAAUAUACAGCUGGCUAAGGAGUUGCCACUGCCAAGUCCAAAAUUUAUGGGCUACUGGAAAGUCAGCCUGUUGGGUAAUGCACGACGGAAACUUCUGUGCCCAACAGAAACUCAUCACAUAGAUGUAAAGGGCCCAAUAUACUUAAACGUGCAGGAAUUUUUGCUGGACAGGCAUGAAGCCAGAUCUCUGAGUUUUACAGAAGAAGUAGCCUGUUGGUCACUGCCUUUGAAUGAAGUGAAUUUAGUGUGUGACAUUGCAGUAGCACAAGAGAAUGAAACUGAAAACUCUCUUUAUGUUGCUACAUGCAAUCCUGUGUCUUUAUAUUUUAUGAAUACAUCUGGCAAAAAUGGAUUCUUUGUAGACUUGUAUGAUAUCUUCCCAAGAACAGUUGGUGGCAGAUGGCAGCCUUUUGUGACACUGGCACCUCUCGGUAAUCCAUUAAAUGGUCAAGUUAUUCUACAUGAAGAGCAGAGUAAUGUUGUUUUAUUGCUGGACACAAACAAUGGUGCCUUGCGCCGGCUUCUGCUGUCACCAGAGGUGCAGGAGGCUCCUAAAAAGACAUCCUGGUGGGGCAACAAAGAGGACAUGAAGAGCCACAAGAUGUGUAAAGAGUUUUCACACAAAAAUUGGCUAGUGUUUUACAAAGAGGAAGGGAGCCAGCUUACUGUUCUAGAUGUCUUGGAAGGCCACGCUCACAUCAUCUCCUUACCUAUCAACCUCAAAUCUGUCUUUCUAGUGGCUGAGGACCAAUGGCUCCUGGUGGACAACAAAACAAACAGAAAAUAUCUUUUAACUAAGCCUAUGCAUGUGGAAUCUGAAGAGAGUGGAGUUUGCCAGUUACAUGCACUGAAUGAAGAGCCAGUAGAAAGUGGGUUUGGGCUAACAACAGCUUCAGAGUUGUACGUGCCACACACAAUUUCAUGUGACCAGCUGUCUUCAGAAAAUCUGAGUGCAGCGAUUGGGCAGAAAAUCAGCUCACCCAACAGAAUGCUUUCAGAUGAGCACAGUUAUGCUACUCUUAUCGUUGGUUUUCCAGAUCUCAUGUCCCCCAAUGAAGUUUACAGCUGGAAGAGAGGCUCCACCUUGGGGAACAGGCAGCCCUCACCUUCUGAUCCAUUUUAUUAUGGAAAGCAUAACAAAGCUGGAGUGGCAAAGCAAACCAACUGUGUGACUCUUACGUCUGCUAAUCAGGUGAUCAGAGUUUUAGCCCCUGGAGAUGUGCCUUUGAAAGAACUUUAUCCCAAAGAUGUUACUCCUCCCCAAACUGCAGGAUAUUUGGAAAUUACUGAUCUUACAACCAAGAAACUUAAAUAUAUCCCUGUUCCCAGAUCAAUGAAACUGACUCCCUAUACAUCAUGGAUAUCAAUGAUUUCAGACACUGAUGUCCUUUUGGCUUCGCUCAACAAAGGUGGCGUGGUUACUGUAGAUAUGGGGGGCAAUGUCAGGCUUUGGGAAACCAGCUUAGAAAAUCUUCAGAGAUCACUGCAGGAAUGGAGAACAAUGAUUGGCCAAGAGGAUGGUAGACCUGUGCAGAUUACUAUCCAGAGAACCAGUGACUUGGACGUUAGCUCCCCUAAGCACGGGAAGGUGGAUCCAGCGAAUACACCUCAUGUUGGUGGAAACAUGUGGGCUGGAGGAACAGGUGGGAGAGACACUGCUGGUUUGGGUGGCAAAGGAGGUCCAUACCGCCUGGAUGCUGGUCACAAAGUAUACCAGGUGUCUCAGGCAGAGAAAGAUGCUGUUCCUGAAGAAGUGAAGAAAGCUGCGAGGGAGAUGGCUGAAAAAGCUUUUAAGCAGAGAUUAAAAGAGAUCCAGAUGAGUGAGUAUGAUGCAUCUACAUAUGAAAGGUUUUCUGGAGCAGUCCGAAGACAAGUUCAGCUACUCAGAGUUAUCCUGGAUAGUUUGCAGGCCAAAGGAAAGGAAAGGCAGUGGUUAAAGCACCAGGCAGUUGGAGAACUAGACGAUGCCAAGAUAAUUGACAGUCUGGCAGGUGAAAAAGCUAUCUAUAAGCGACGAGGAGAACUUGACCCACAACUUGGGAGCCCCCAGCAGAAGCCCAAACGUCUUCGUCUGGUAGUGGAUGUCUCUGGCAGCAUGUACCGCUUUAAUGGUGUCGAUGGACGGUUGGAGCGAUCCAUGGAAGCCGUUUGCAUGGUUAUGGAAGCUUUUGAGAAUUAUGAGCAGAAAUUCAAGUAUGAUGUCAUGGGACAUUCGGGAGAUGGUUUCAACAUUGACUUGGUCCACAGUGACAAAGUUCCAAAGGACAAUAAGCAACGAUUAGAAAUUUUGAAGACAAUGCAUGCCCACGCACAGUUCUGUAUGAGUGGCGAUCACACUCUGGAGAGCACAGAGCAUGCCAUUCAAGAGAUUGCAAAAGAGGAGGCAGAUGAAUACUUUGUCAUAGUCUUAAGUGAUGCCAACCUUGAGCGGUAUGGAAUCCCUCCAGCAAGGUUUGCUCAAGCCUUGACCAUCAAUCCCAAAGUGAAUGCUUUUGCUGUAUUUAUAGGAUCCCUGGGGAAUCAGGCAGACAGGUUGCAGAGGACCCUGCCAGCUGGCCGCUCUUUUAUUGCCAUGGAUACCAAGGAGAUUCCACAGAUUUUGCAGCAGAUCUUCACCUCCACUAUGUUGUCAAGUGCCUAGGAAGCGCCGGCGCUUCAUAAAUAACUGGACCACUGAAUAUGAGAAGCAAUUCAUUGUAAUCAAGAUGACAAUGUAAUGUGUAAGAGUUGUGAACAAAUAAUCUGCAUUUUAUAUUUGAGUAAAUGUUAUACUUUACAUAGGAGUAAAGAUUUAAAUUAACACCUCCCCCAGACUAUAGCUGCUCUUGAAUAAAGAGCUUGAUUGUAAAAACACCUUCGUCAUUGCCUUCUGAAAAAUUUAAAAUUUCUUUUUCCACACUUCCCUAGAUAUCAUGCUUUGCACUUUAUAUCUGUCAGUAGACAGGAAAAUAAAAGAUAUUUGUCAUUUUUCUGGUUGAUAAUUUUCAGGAAUCUGUACAAUUCUGAAUACUGUAAUCUUUUAUUCAUUUCUAAGUGUACUAAAAAAAACAAGUUUUCUUUUGUAUCCUGAGUGCAUAAUUGAAGGCACUAAAACUAACCUCAUCUCAGAAAUUGCUAGUGUGCUCAUUUCCAGGUACUCUACUGGAUGGACUUGUUUUUAAACAACAGUGACAGAAGCAGCUUAAAUUCUUGUUUAACAUAAUAGCUGUCCUUGAACACCUCUGGCUGGGAAACAUCUUGUCAUCCACCUCAUCUAGCAGUUUUGGGUAUUUGUUUUUCAUUUUUUUCAAGAUUGGUUGUACAAUCUACUCCAUGAGAGUGCUGGAGGCAGCAGCUAACGGGUGGAGGCUGAUGCGCUAUUUCGCUGUUUCGCUUCCCUUUGUCUCAGCUGAAGUGUUGCUCAUUGCUGAGAUAACGAGGCCUUCCUUGUUACAGGUACUGUUCACUGACGGAGAGACAAAAACUGAAAAAAAACCUCAUGACCUCUGCAUAAGAUGUGUUUGGUUUUUCCUUUGCAUUUAUCUUGGAAAGCAACGUUCCACUGGAAGAGAACAUGCUUACAAAAGGAAACCUCUCUAGUCAGGAGAGGCUGGUGGUCUUGGUGGAGCCAUGAGAGCAGUAGGGGAGAGAGUAGCUUUCUCUCCUUGGCAGCCAUGCAGCCAUGGAAAUGUCUGUUGUUCAGGAAAGCCCGAAUUCCAUAAUUGCUGCUUAAUAUUUGCUUGUGGCCUAUUUGGCACUUUUUGAACUUCAGCAGUUUGAGAAUAUACAGUGGACCCUCUACUUACAGAAUUAAU